AUGUGCUUUGGCGGUCAGCAGAGUGAGCUCUGUCUUUCUGUCUCUCUAAACAGGUCUUCACACAAUGAACUAGAAAAGCACAGACGAGCCAAGCUCAGGCUCUAUCUGGAGCAGCUCAAGCAGCUGGUGCCCCUGGGCCCUGACAGCACCCGCCACACCACGUUGAGCCUCCUGAAGCGUGCCAAGAUGCACAUCAAGAAACUGGAGGAGCAGGACCGCCGGGCGCUGAGCAUCAAGGAGCAGCUGCAGCGGGAACACCGCUUCCUAAAGCGGCGCCUGGAGCAGCUUUCUGUGCAGAGCCUGGAGCGCGUGCGCACAGACAGCACCGGCUCCGCCGUCUCCACGGACGACUCGGAGCAAGAAGUGGACGUAGAGGGCAUGGAGUUUGGCCCCGGUGAGCUGGACAGUGUGGGCAGCAGCAGUGACGUGGACGAGCACUACAGCCUGCAGAGGGGCGGCGGCCGCGACGUGGGCUACGGGCCCCCCUGCCGGCGGCCUGGCCGCCCCGGCCUCUCGUAGGCCCAGUGCCCUCAGCUCCUCGGCCCGCCUGCCUACCCGGCCAAGCGUGCCAGCCCUCCAGUCCUCAGAAGCCUCUCCACAGGCCCGCUGCUGUGCCAUUCUGGAAGCUCCAGCUGCCACCCGGGCUGCCCGCCUCUGCCCGCCUGCCGGCCAGGGCCCACCGUGCCGCACACCCCUCCCAGCUGGGCAGGGACCCCUGCAGGGAGGCGGGGCCCAGCUCCCACGUCCCGGAGCCCAGCGUAGCCGCCCACGGUCUGUUCUCAGAUUCCUAAUCAUUCCAGAAGUAUUAAAUAUCAUUGCUGCAAAUCCCGGCGGGCACCGUGUAAGGGGCUUAAUGACCACUGCGGGGAGCUCAGACCCCAACCCUGGAUCCCAGGAGAAAGGAAGGAGCAAACCGAGGAAGGAAGGAAGGCGUGGCUCUCCAUCCAUCUGUCCAUCUGUCUGUCAGUCCACGCAGGCUCCUGAGGCCUGGACAGAGGGACCCAUGAAGGGCGGGACUCGGGUGAGCACCCUGGGGCAAGUGGGUGGAGAGGGGCCUUUGCACCCCACAGGUGUCAGGAGCGAGGGCUGCGCUCCUGGGGGCAGGCCAGGCCCCCCUUCCAAGCUUCCGCUCUGUUAGGUCCCUCAGAUGUACCCACGCACACGCCUAGGCACACAUGCCCAGUCGCACGCGCGCACACACGCAGACACAUGUGGUCACUAGACCCAGAGGGCACAUGUCCUGGGGAGGCAGGCCUUCAGGAGGCAUCUGGGCAAGUUCUGUUCCCACCCCUGGCUCACCUGCCCGGUUUGCACUGGGCAGAGGGCCUCUCCUCCUGGCAGGGGCAGAGGGGUGCUGGGGGCGGCAGGCUGAAGCCACUGAGGCCUCAGGAGGCUUUCUCAUCUACCUUUAAAAGAAGAAAAAGCAAAAAAAAAAAAAAAAAAUUGCUGCACUACCCAGCGGCCCAGAACAGGCUCCUGGGAGAGAGGCUUUUUCCCAAAAACGGAAGAGAAAAAGCUCUGAAGACUCCCUGCCCAGUGACGUCAGCGUGUGCCGCCUCAGUUUCCCGUAUGAGAUUUUUGUACUCUAUUUUCCUAGCCGUUGCUGUGUCCUUGUUUGCUGAGGGGUGGGAGUGACCCAGCGUCUCAGGGACUCGUCUUGUAUGUCACCGUCGUCCAAGUGUGCCUUGUGUCCUGUGUCUGGCCUCGCCCUGCCCACCACCACCACCAGCAUCUCCCUUAUGGCUCAAGGGGUGCCCCUGGCCUGCCCAGCAGGUGCCCUCCUAGCUUCCUCCCCAGGCAGCGGCCCCUCCCAGCAGCCUUGGCUUCCUGCCAGGCCGGGUCAGGGGGGUCGCGUGCCGCUUUCUGUCACCUCACCCCGCAGUGACCCAGCACCCCAGUAUCGCUGCCCCCCCGGGGCCUGGUCAGGAGCCUGCUAACCAGAGAAAUAGGUUCUCAGCUGUACCUAGCUUGAACCGUCCCUGCUCCCUGGCCUGGGGCGAGGGCUCCAGACCGCAGACAUGGGCUGCUGAUGAGGACAGCCCUUCACCCGGGGGAGCCAGGAUGGGGCCUUAGGAGGCUUCUUCCAGCCUUUUGUUCCCAAAGCCCUUGUCCACACAGCAAUACGCGGGUGGUGUGCGUGGGGCCAGCCCGCCGCAGUGUCUGGCUCCCUCUCUGGUGCGUCGUUUCCAAUUGCCAGGCUCGGGCGGGGGAGAGCUGGUGUUUAUUUUCGGCCGUGCUGACAGACGCGCCAGGGUGGGUGGCCUACUGAGGCAGAAAGGGGUCCCUGGAAACAGCUCUGGCACAGAACCUGUCCUGCAGAGGCUCAGGAUGUCAGGCGGAGAGUGGGCUCACGGGAGACAGCGCAUGGACUGGGGAGACUGUCCAAAUCUCUUGCUGGUGGUCAGGAGGAAAACUGUCCCCUCCCCUUCCAGCGUCACUGGGGGUCUAGAGUGCCCAGGCUCCCGUGCGCCUCAGUGCAUCCACAGAGCGCUCCUUGUGAGCAUCUGGCCCGCUACGAGCUGGGCAGGAGUGCCCGAGUUGAAGAUGCUGCUGCAGGAGGCCAAGUCCAGACCCCUGGGGCGGUCUGUGUUCUGAAUUCGUGAAGCACCAGCUCCCCCAAUACCCCAGCCGGCAGAGUCCUCCCCGGGUGACGGUGACGACUGUGGCUCUUAGCUGACUCCAGGCAGCUCAGCCUGUGAGUUCCCACCUGGGCCAGGGAGUUGACUUCACUGGCCACCUAGGGGCGCUGUGCUCCCAGAGGCCCCUCCCUGACACCAGCAGACACUUGAGGGGGUGGUCCUCAGGGCCAGGGUCUGGUGCUAGGAGUUACACAUCCAUUCUCCCCUCCCUCUGGCUCCCUGCCUUUUGCACAGGUUAGCUGUUGCUGGUGGCCACAGAGACCCAGAGGGGGCCCUGCUGAGGCCACCCUGGAUAACUGAGCACCACUGAGUCUGUAGAAAGCAGAUGCGACCAGCACAGGGUUGCAAGGGUGCCUGCCAUCUCUAGCCAUGUGCCCUCCCACACCUUUGUGGGCCAUUGUGGCACUGGGUGGCCGGGGUCCUGGAGUCCAAGGCUCAGGUUUGGGUCCCUACCCUCACCAGGAUGUGGCCCCUAUAUACCAGGCCACCAUGGCCUCAGUCCAGGCCCAGCUGGCUGGGAAGACUGCAUGAAGGCUUUUCUUCCUUGAAGCUCUGGGCCCAUCUUUGCAUUGUGGGUUUGGGAGGCCUGGGGCCCACGCCUGCUCUGCUGACUGAUGGAGCUGUGUGCCCAACUAAGGCCCUGAGGACCCCUGCCCUCCUGUCUGCCCCAGACAAUCCCCAUCUGCUGAGUGAGGCAGGCCUCUCUGACUCUCCUACCCCCUGCGUCUCUGGACCAGCUAACCUGGGGACCCCUCCCCCUGGCCAGGCACACAGAACUCUGACCCUGGGCCCCAUCUAGGGUAGGUUCUGUGCCAGAGUCUGGGGCUGCCCAGGGGUCCUGGUGCUGGCCAGGAUGGCAUGUUACAAGAUCUGCACUGGAGACAAUUGGGCCACCCGCCUGCCUGUUCACCGGGAGGGACUGUGCUGUACCAUUCUGUCUUUGUAAUAUAAAUACAGAUUUUUAUACCUCA